UUCGGGGCCAGCCGCACCAAGUCUAUUUGAGAGCAGUUCGAUCGGAAGCCUGCCAGUAUCACUUCAACCGGUGACAGCAACACAACGCGCGCAUCUAUAGCAGCUCCCUGAAUUCCCAAACAAAAUCCAAACAAAUGGCAACUGCAACCAGCGGCAGUGGACUCCAUCUGGAGGCCAUCGAUCGCAUCGGCUCCAUUCCGCUAGUGGAGACCAGUGUGAAGCGAGUGGAGAAUCUUUACGGCAAGGUCAAGAAUAACAACCGGCUAUUCUCCUGGUAUUUCGAGACCGCCGAAGCCACGAUCUCCGCGGCCUAUGACACCGUCCAGCCGGCGGUGAAGCUCUUCGAGCCCUCGAUCCGGCGCCUGGACAACGUGAUGUGCAAGAGUCUGGACAUCCUGGAGCAGCGCAUCCCACUGGUCUACCUGCCCCCCGAAAUGAUGUACUGGAACACCAAGGAGUACAUGUCGGAUCAUCUGGUGCGUCCGGUGCUAAAGCGUGCCGACUCCGUCAAGCAGAUUGGAAACGCUGUGCUGGAGAGCCCGCUCACCACCUACGCUGCCGAUCGCAUCGAUGGCGCCUUUACGGCGGGCGAUAAGUUUGUGGACAAGUAUCUGGUGCCCAUUCGCACGGAUCAGGAUCAAGCCGACGGUCGAAUGUUAAUUUUAAAGCGUUUCUUAGAAGUCAACAAAAUGCAGUUGAUAACACUUAAAAGGAAUCCAGGCCCACAGGAAGAUGAUAACGAGGCGGGGCCGGACGAGCGGGGUGCCAUCAAGGCAAUUCAUCAUGGACAGCGCUUCUCCCGCAAGCUCAAGCGCCGACUCACACAAAGAACCAUAGCAGAGGCCCGCGCCCUCAAGAAGCAGAGCAAGGAGGCCAUCCAUGUGCUCAUCUAUGCAGCAGAACUGAUUGCCACCGAUCCCAAGCAAGCUGUUCAAAGGGCCAAGGAGCUGUGGGUCUAUCUGAGUGCAGAUGAGCCCGAGAACCAAGCCAGACCCGCCACCCUGGAGCAGUUGAUAGUUCUCCUGACCCGCGAAUCGGCCAGACGAGUGGUCCACUUGGUGAACUUCACCGCCCAUGUGGCAGCCAAUAUACCAAGACACCUGGCACACACCACCACAGAGGUGGCACACCAAAUCAUAUACAUCAACAACCGCAUAGUUACCAUAACCAGGCUAGACAAGGUCAAGACCCUGUCCAAGGAGGAAGCUGAAUCUCUCUUCAAGCGGAUGCUCGCGUUCUACGGCAACCUGCAGGGCCUGACCAACAGUUACCUGGAACGCGUGGCCAGCUUUCUCUCCGGACGCAUUGAAGCCGAGAAGGUGACCGGCAGCGACAGCGCCAACUCCAACCACAGAUCCUCGCGGAGGCGGCAGGAGGCGAACCAUUACUCAGCAGCCCACAAUAACAUCAACGGCGUCUACUAGCUUCGAGUUUUUUAUUGCAAUCGUAUUCUUAUUUCUUAUGAUAGAAUUCUGCUUCUCGGUGCAUAUUCGCACGAUUCACUGAAUGAUUUUUUUUAUACAUGCAUUUUUUUACAAGAAUAUUGUCAAUAUUAUAAGCCCAAAAUAUCAUAUGUGACCUUUUAUAUUUGCAAAACAAAAUGAAAUAUUUUUGUUUUGCUAAAUAUUGUAGGUAGGUCAAAAAUAAAAUAGAAUAAUAACAAACUA